AUGGGCGCCAUGGUAUGUGAGGGUGCUGAGCAGACAGUGACUGUCUUUUACCAAUUUUCCCUGGCAUCAAUACUCUUCAUCCAACUGGGAGCCUGGUUGCCUUUCUGGCUUGCCCUGCGGCGGCCUUUCCGCGUAGCGGACAUCCGCAGUCUUGGCAGCAAGGUCAUUGUGAAGACGGAGCAACCGCACUCAUUAGCACCCGGGCGUCGCUUGACUUGCUCUAUUCAUGACACGGGAGAUCCUCGGCUUGAUCAACGCCGCUUUCCUGCUCCAGAAAAUGAAAAUUUUGUGGCACGAGCUGUGGACUGCGUGCGGCUGGAACUUGUCGACAUGCAGAACGGCCCAUCCGCAUCGAUGGGCACUUUGCUCCCACGCUUUCCAGAAGACGUCUUUAGAACUAGCAUCGCGUGCAAAUAUGUAUCUCCUGCUGUGCAUUGCGCCACAACAACAUCAAUCGCAGUUAUGGUGUCGUGCCUCAUCGCUACAUCGGGUAUGAUUCAGAUGGGCUGCGGGAUGGAGGGCUUUGGAGAGUACUUGCUGGUUUUCUCCAACAUGCUCGGGCCCAUACUUGCUGGACUUGCUGCUGUAGCCUGGCGGCGACGACAAUCAAAGCGCCCAUCUCAGCUGCAGAGGGCCAUCACGCAGUUCCGCCGACGGUUACUGUCAAGGUAUUGUCCGACUCCACGUAAGCCAGGUCCUUUCUGCGCGACAAGCGUCUCUAGUCUCGAGGAUUUUCACGAUGCUUUCUCUGAUUUCAUCCAGGUUGAACAAACCUAUUACGUUGUCGCGAACAUCAUCAGCCCUCUGACACGUCCUGAGAAGAUGUCCCUCGCGGAGCUUCUGGGUCCCCUUGAGAUUACAUUCUUCGUCAGCUAUGCUUGGAUAGCCCCCUUCCAGCAGUUGGUGACAGCUGUCAGAGAACAUGCACGAGUCUCAAGCCAUGGCUCACAGGAAGAGCAAAACCUAUUUGGGUAUUGGAUUUGUUGUUUCAGCUGUAACGGCUGGCAGCUUGAGAUGGGUAAUGGUGAUUUAUCUCAAGCUCCUUUUUGCCUGGCUCUUGGUCAUGCUUCUUGCCGUGGGUUGUGCUUAGUGAUGGAUGAACAAGCCUUACCUCUUACAAGGGGCUGGACAGUUAUGGAACUGUGGGUGGCCGUCCAGCAUCAGGUGGACGUGUGCCUUUGUGGCCACCAGGGUGUUGUCGGGGAUGAUCGGUGCAGCGGGGACUUCCUCCGGGCCCUUGGUGAUAGGUUGAGAUGGAUCGACUUGUCUCGCGCGCUGUGUUCCGAUGAGUCUGACAGGUCUAGGAUCAUGCACUUGGUCGAGCAGAACGGAGGCACAGUUCAACUUCAGGAGAAACUCUCGUGCAAAGUUCAGGCCGCUUUGGACCAAAGGAUGCAUGAAGAAAGGCGCCAACAGCCUGAAGACCUACGAGCUACUCGCAAACGUUGGAGCGAGGAAGCUGGCAUCAGCGCGUCUUACCUGCUCUCAGAUGAGUUCCUCUCCAUGGCGGAGGAGCGAAGCCGCAAGCAGGAUCCAACCUUCUACGAUUUGAUUGAGGCCUUCUUCUUCAGUGACCGGCCGAUUGGAAAAGACAUCCGGUGCCCUCGUGACAACGAACCUGGUUGCGCAUUUGUGGACGCGCUGGAUAUGAAGCACCAAGGUAAGGCGACAAACAUGCUGUCAUGGUCAUGGGGUUGUCCUAUUUCGCAAGUCCGCGGUGCUCUGCUGUGGUGGAUGACUCAAGAUAACCAGGAUCCAGAUACCAUAUUUCUGCACAUGUCUGCACUUACGACUAAUCAUUACCGGCUUCCUUCGGUCUACAGCUGUCCUGAAGACAUGUCAAUGUGGAAUGCUGAUCUCCGCCGAAUAGGCAGCAUGGUGGUGCUUCUUGAUACUUGGGACAUGCCCAGCUACUUGCAGAGGAUUUGGACGGUCUCCGAAAUUGUUAUGGCAGUCAAGUUACAAACGGCAGUGCGUUUGAUUUGGCCUUCAUCAGCACAGGCGGGAAUAGAGCAGGAGUUAUUGAAAGGACCUGAAGCAAUCUUACGAGCGGCUGAGUCGCUCGGCAAUUUUGCUGUGGAGAAGGUUGUUGCAAACCACGAGGCGUACGAGAGCAGCGUUAGACUGGGGAUUGUCCAGGACUCAGCCAGGCCCUAUGAAGAGACAGACCAGAAGAUCAGGGCGCUAAUGUUUGAUAUGGGCGGCCUGCCUGUCAAGGAGGCACUUGAGCGCAAGCGUCAGAGCGAAGAAGCUGGCAUCAGCGCGGCAUAUCUGCUCUCCGAUGAGUUCUUGACCAUGGCUCAGGAGAGGGCCGGGACAGAGAACCCCAAAUUCUAUGACCUGGAAAAGGGUUUUUUCUUCAGCGACAGGCCGAUCGGCCAAGACGUGUGUUGCCCUCGUGAUGGCAGACCCGGGUGUGCGCUUGUUGAUGCCUUGCCUGCAAGACAUCGGGGUGCUGCAACUCAUUUCCUGUCUUGGUCCUGGGCUUAUUCUGUAAGUCAGAUUCGCAGCGCUUUGGCAUCUUGGCUUGCACAGGAGGGCUUGGAAGGUUCAGAGGUCUUUCUCUACAUGUGCUUCUUUGUCAAUAACCAAUACCGUAUCUUGAUCGAGCAGUCGAGCACUGGCAGCGACAACUUGGAGGUCCUCUUUGAAAGCAAUCUGCGCCGCAUCGGAAGGGUGGUGGCUCUGCUAGACACCUGGAACAGCCCGAUUUAUCUGACGAGGGUCUGGACCAUCUUUGAGCAGUUCAUGGCCAUCCAAUUGUCCAUCCCUGUGCGAAUAAUUAUGCCCGUGGCGGCACAGGAGGGACUCAUGGAACAGAUCGGAUGUGGGAACAUCGGGCUCAAUCGAGUCUGUGAUUCCCUUGGAACUGUGGAUUCAGAGAAGGCCCAAGCAUCCAACCCCAAAGAUGAGCAGAAAGUAAAGCAAAUGAUACGGAACUCAGACGGGUCGUUCAAAGACGUCAACGCCAAAGUGCGGAGGUUCAUGUUGGAUUGGGUUGGCCAGUCCGUAAUCCACCACCUGAACGGCAUCAUCAACGCCAAGAAGGCGGCGGACGGUGAGUCGCUGCUGCUUUGUGGGCCAAGCGGCGUAGGCAAGAGCUCAUUACUUCGAAGCAUUGCUGGUCUUUGGGGCCGAGGUACGGGUGUCAUCCGCUGCUGCCCCCAGAAAGAGAUGUUCUUCUUGCCCCAAGAGACGUACCUCUGUCUGGGAACGCUUCGGGAGAACGCAACUUACCCUCAGGAAGAAGCUGGAGAUAGACCUCCAGAUGAGCGUGUGAGAGAGGUUCUCGCCAAGGUGAACUUGGCAUAUCUUGAUCACAGGUAUGGUCUCGAUGCACCCAUCGACUUUGACUCUGUUCUCUCCGGAGGCGAGAGACAGAGACUGGGUUUCGCGCGGCUGCUGCUGAGGGGAAAUGUGAAGUUCGCCAUUCUGGAUGAGGCGACGGCUGCGUUGGACAGAUCCAACCAGUCCAUCAUGUACGACAAUUUGAAACGGCAUGUUCAAGGAUUCGUGUCUAUUGGUCACUCCUCGAGCUUGGAGGCCUUCCAUACCAAGAAGCUCAUGCUGGAAAGGUCUUCCGAAGGUGCAUCUGGCUGGCGAAUAGAGUCCAUCGACCAUCCGACGGAGCGCUGGUCUGCGCAGCGGCCUGAUGCGAAGGAGCCCCAAGACCUCUCUUGGUACUUCCAGCAGCAGAAGCAGUUCCUUGAUGACCUCAAGGUUUGCGAAGACCGGCAUGAUGCCUGGAACUCUAAGGUCUUCGUGCAGGAGGAAGAGAUUGAGAAGCUCCGAAAGCAGGUGAGAUCUCUAGAGGAGGAGCGCGACGGCCUCCGAAAGGAUCUCAAGGAAGCCAUGCGAGAAAGAGACGAGUGGCAGGUCUCUGCUCUACGAGUCAUGUCCAAGCGGGAGUUCCGAUCUAGCGUGGAGUCUCUAGAAGCUGCCAGACGAAGGCCGCUGCCUCCAUAA